UGUGUUAUACAAAUUUUAUACAUGCUAAAGUUUGAGUUUCUGGUAUGGAGCGUCGAUUGGUGCUAUUUCAAUUCCCUAAUACUGAGAUAUGCCAGUGGUAUUUGAGAACGGUCCUUGGCAUUAUACUUCAUAGGGAGAAUUUGCUCUUCCUGCGUAAGUGGGAACCAAGGAUUAGUCCUCUGAAGAUCAAUAACUAUGCUCUGCCUAUCUGGGUAAAGCUUUCGCAUCUGCCGAUGGAGCUAACUUCUAAAGAGGGCUUGGGAAGGGUUGCUAGCUCUCUGGGUCGACCACUCUGUAUGGAUAAAUCAACUACACAUGGUAAGAAGGUGGGUUUCGCUCAAAUUUGUGGAAGUAAAAGCCAGUGCAAAGAAGGUUUCUGAACUGAGUGUUACGCCUGAUGGCUUGCAUGAAAUCUUCAUAGAUGUUGAAUAUUGUCAUUUGCCUAAAGUGUGUGAGAAGUGUCAAUGUUUUGGGCAUAAUUGUGCACUGCCUAUUGACCCUUACCAGCGAGUGUGGCAGAAGAAAGUACCAGUUAUUGGGGAGGUUCAAGUAGGUACUCAGACAGUGGAGCAGAAAUGAUAGUGCAAAGUGAUACCAGUCCAGUGGAAGAUGGUGCACAGGUGAGUGGUAAAGAAUCUGUGACUGAAGUGCAAGAUAAGGGGAAAGGUUAUGAGGUGAUAGCAGAAGAACCAGUUAAAGACCUCCCAUCUAUGGAUUCUAAAACUCCAUCUCCACGAGGUGGUCUAGUUGAUGCUGAGGGUUUUACUUUGGUGGUCAAUAAAAAGAGCAAGGUGUGGAUUGGAUCUAGUUCAAGUUCUAAAGGGCAUAAAACCCAAACAGGGAAAUCAUAUGCUGGCUUGGUGAGUGGUAGACUGGGAGUCCGAGCUGUUGUUCUCCCUCCUCCUUCUCAUCCUAGAGGUAGAGGGAGAGGGAAGAAGUGAGGUAAAUGAAGAUCCUAAGUUGGAAUAUCAGGGGAUUUAAUGACCCUGAUAACCACUCAGAUGUGAUAGAGCAGCUGAGAAUAAAGAAAAUAAAUAUAGUAGGCCUGUUAGAAACUAGAGUGAAGGAGGAAAAUAGUAGUACUAUAAUAACAUGGAGUUUUUCUGUCUGGAAACAUCUAGCUAAUUAUUCAAAAUCGAAGUCUAGAAGAGUGUGGAUUUUAUGGAGGGCAGGGUUGAAGGUUACUUGGAUUGAAGAGGGGGAGCAUUAUAUACAGGUAUUGGUUGAGGAUAGCAAGUCAUUUCAAGUGAUUUUUGUUUAUAUUCCUAAUAAGGAAGCAGAAAGGAAGAUCCUAUAUCAAAAGCUUCUACUUAGAAAAGACAAUGGCAUUCCAAUGGUGUUCAUGAGAGAUUUUAAUGUCAUAGCUGAAGUUACUGAAGCAUCAAACACACAGGUUAUAACUCAAAGUAUGCAGGAUUUUCGAGUUUGGAUCGGAGACAUGGAGCUGACGGAUCAUAGAGUGACAGGAUCCUGGUUUACCUGGUGGAAUCGAUAAAGAAAUAACCCUAUUGCUCGUAGAAUUGACAUGAUUAUAGUAAAUGAAGCAUGGAUGGAGGUCUUUGCAGAUAGCUCAGCUUAUACAAAUCCUCCUGACGUAUCUGAUCAUUGUGAGCUGAUUCUGGAUACAACUCCAAACUUUGAAAACUCUUCCAAAGCCCUUUAAAUAUUUUGCGUUUUUGCAGUCCCACCCCAUCUAUUUGGAUAUCAUUCAGAAAGCGUGGAAAAAACAGAUCAAUGGUUAUCCCUACUGUAUCUUCUACGGCAAGUUAAACCAAGUUAAGAAAGGGUUGCAGAAACUAAAUCGAACUGAAUAUUCAGAUAUAUCAGGCAAAGUGAAAGAAGCAACAACAGCAAUGAAAAAAAUUCAGAUGUCUAUUCUGGCUAAUCCUAGUGAAGCACUUGUAGUAGAUAAGAAGAGGCUUGCUUUGGAUUAUUUGGAGCUCAAAAAAGUUGAAGAACUGUAUUACAAGCAGAAGUCUCGAGUCUAGGUUAUCAGAGAGUGUGACUCAAAUACUUAUUCUUUCCAUAAACUGGUUAAGGCACAAAGGCAACAAAUAUCUUAUAUGAGGAAAGAGCACGGUAAAGUGGUUUCUGAUAUUUAGAAGAUUGGAGCUAUUGCAGUGGAUUUUUAUACAAAGUUAAUUGGAUCUGAAGAUCCACUUGUGGAACACCAAUCUGUGGCUUUCUAUCAAGCAAUCUUGCAGCACAAGUUAACUACGGAAGAUGGAAUUAUUUCAACGCAAGGUAUUACAAGGGCAGAAAUCAAACAAGUCUUCCACUCUCGUGGUCGAGAUAAGGCACCGGGGCCUGAUGGUUUCUUAGCAUAAUUUUUUAAAGCCCACUGGGACAUCAUUGGAAGAAAAGUAGAGGAGGUAACACUUGCUUUCUUUUCCACUGGAGUCAUGCCUGCUAUAGUAAAUAGUAUUAUUUUCAUAUUGGUUUCUAAAAUCCCUUGUGCUGAGAACAUGAAAGAUUAUAGACCUAUUUCAUGUUGUAAUACACUUUAUAAGAGAAU